AUUAUGUUCGAAUUUUAUUGCCAGGAAGUUUUGUUUUUAAAUUUCGCGCCUUUGAUAAUUUCUGUCAAUUUUGUGCAACCCUGCUGUAAUGCAAAAACAAUAAAAGUGAGUCACCAAUCUUGUGAAGAAGUUUAGUGAAAUUUUCCUUUUUCUUGACUGUGUUCCGGGGAAAAGCAUUGAAAAUGGAGUGGCUGUUCGGGAAGAGGAUGACCCCUGAGGAGAUGCUGCGGAAAAAUCAGCGUGCCUUAAAUAAAGCCAUGAGAGAUCUGGACAGGGAAAAGAUGAAGAUGGAGCAGCAGGAGAAGAAAGUAAUUGCUGACAUCAAGAAACUGGCCAAGGAAGGUCAAAUGGAUGCUGUCAAGAUCAUGGCUAAAGAUCUGGUCAGGACUCGCCGGUACGUGAAGAAAUUCAUGUUGAUGAAAGCAAACAUUCAGGCAGUGUCCCUCAAGAUUCAGACGCUCAAGUCCCAGAACACAAUGGCCCAGGCGAUGAAGGGUGUCACCAGGGCCAUGCAGAACAUGAAUAAGCAGCUAAAUCUGCCACAGAUUCAGAAAAUUCUCCAUGAUUUCGAGAGGCAAUCCGAGAUGAUGGACAUGAAGGAGGAGAUGAUCAACGACGCGAUAGACGAUGCAAUGGAAGAUGAAGGAGACGAGGAGGAAUCUGAUGCUGUUGUAGCUCAAGUCCUUGAUGAACUGGGCCUUCAACUCAACGAUCAACUCUCAGGACUGCCUCAGGCUUCCGGAUCUCUUUCCGUGUCUGGCAUGAAACAACCUCAGGCUGCGGCCGUUGGAGCGGCUGGUGGGGCCACAGGUGGUGGUGGAGGAACCUCUUCACCCGUGUCUGAUGCAGAUGCUGAUCUCCAAGCUCGUCUGGACAAUCUGAGACGAGAGUAGAAAACCGCCCGGCAAACCCAGAGUCCUCAGCCUCAAACCUCUGGGAAAUUUUUAUUUUUGUAUCAGUGUUACUUUCCAAUUUGUUACUCUAUUCUCCAAAAAAUGUACAUUGGUAAUAAAUUUAAUUAAUUUAACUGA